CCCCCCUUGCGCCCCAUCCGGCCUCACGAGCCCUGCUUCAAAAAUAAAUGUGAUGAGACUCAGGCGUGAGCUCAUCAGCAGAUGACUGCGACGACAAUACUGACUCAAUUGUCUAUUGGAUGCUCUAGCCCCAGAAUUGCUCUGAUGAUGAAAACUGACCCUUAUCCCGGCACUUCCCUCAAUCAUUCAUUCUGUCCAUCCGCCCCAUCCCACGACGGUAUCCUGGAAGAUUCAGCGAAAGCAAUCGUCGGCGCGGUGGAGAGUGUGGCGAACAACGAGAUAGUCCAGAAUGCCGGGGAGGUGGUUGGGGAUGCGGUGGGCGUCGUGCACGACGCUCUUCGAGAGGGUGUCAAGACGGGGACGGAGGUCGUCCACGGAGCAGUCCGCGCCAUGAACCAAGCAGGCGGGGUUGCCUCUCGAGGCAUGCCUGACAUCGAGGGCGUAGAAGAACGUGCCGAGAGUUACGCCGAUUUGAUGGAAACCCAAGCCGAAUGGGCUGACUCUGCCGCGGAGGCCUUCGACCGGGCCCGGGAAAACGCCCCAGACGUCCUCAGAGCUGUCGACCCUGACGGAACGCUGGAAGAAGUGGUCGAAGAAGUGACCCAAGAAGCAGGGGAAGCCGUCGUGGAAAUCUUGGGGGAGAAGUAG